UUGUGUCAAUAUCCAACUAUAUUGGUUCACCUCCAAAGUCCUUAAAUUUUCAAAAUAUUGGUAAUCAACAAUGGCUUCCUCUGUUCAUUCUUCCCAUUCAAAUGCUUCAGUCCUAAUCUUCCUGUUCGUGUCAGCAAUCCUUGGCUCAUUGAGUAAGGUUGUGUUAGCUGGUAACUUUUACAAAAAUGUUGAAAUUACUUGGGGAGAUGGACGUGCUCAGAUUUUAGACAAUGGCAAGCUUCUUAAUCUCUCCCUUGACAAAGCCUCUGGCUCAGGUUUCCAAUCCAAGAAUGAAUUCCUUUAUGGUAAGUUUGAUAUGAAGCUUAAGCUUGUCCCUGGAAACUCCGCUGGCGUUGUCACGGCCUACUAUUUGCGUUCGCAAGGAUCAAGCUGGGAUGAGAUAGACUUCGAGUUCUUGGGAAACUUGAGUGGAGAACCUUAUAUUGUCCAUACUAAUGUGUACAGCCAAGGAAAAGGAGACAGAGAGCAACAAUUUUAUCUCUGGUUUGAUCCUACUGCUAAUUUCCACACCUAUUCCAUUCUCUGGAAUCCUGGACAUGUUGUAUUCUAUGUUGAUGGGAAACCAAUAAGGGAGUUCAAAAACUUGGAGCCCUUUGGUGUUCCAUACCCAAAGAACCAGUCAGUGAGAAUCCACUCGAGCAUUUGGAAUGCUGAUGAUUGGGCUACUAGAGGAGGUUUGGUGAAGACAGAUUGGAUUCAAGCUCCAUUUAUUUCAAGCUUCAAGGAUUUGAGAACCAAUGCUUGUGUUUGGUCUAAUGGAGUGUCUUCCUGUUCUUCUAAUUCCACUAGUGAUGCUUGGAGGCUCUCCCAAGAACUUGAUUCAACCAGCCAAAAGAGACUGAAAUGGGUGCAGAGGAAAUUCAUGGUUUACAAUUACUGCACUGACAUAAAUCGGUUCCCUCAUGGCCUUCCUUUGGAAUGCACUGUCACUACCAAAUCCUGAUGACCAAACUAAAUUGACACAACAUUUUCUCCAAUAAUUUUAUUCUACUUCCCAGAUCUUAAUUUGUCCUUUGAUGUUUUGGUUAGUAUUAAUAAUUCAACAAAAAUUCAUUUCUUUAAACAA